UCUUACGCAAUACUAACAGGAAUGGUUUGAGAGGAUUGUAGCUGUCAUCUCUGAGAGUUGAGCAAGAGAAUGGCCUUAUGGAACAAGGAAAUAGAAAAAGAGUUAAUGAAGCAACUAUGGUUGGCUGGGCCUAUGAUAUUUGUGAGUGUCUUUCAGUAUAGUUUACAAAUGAUAUCUCUCAUGUUUGUGGGUCAUUUGAAUGAGUUGCUUCUUGCUGCUGCUGCUUUGGGAACUUCAUUUGUCAAUGCUACUGGUUACAAUAUUUUGAUGGGUAUGUCAAGUGCACUAGACACAUUUUGUGGUCAAGCAUAUGGAGCAAAGCAUUUUCACAUGCUUGGUGUACACACCCAAGGAGCCAUGUUGGUUCUCAUCCUUGUUACCAUACCCAUCUCUGUUAUUUGGGUCUUCUUAGGGCGCAUUCUAGUUGUUUUUCACCAAGACAAAACAAUUGCAGCUCAAGCCCAACUUUUUGCAAGAUACUUGAUCCCAAGCCUUUCAGCCAAUGGGCUUCUUCGCUGCAUCACCAAGUUCCUACAAACCCAAAACAUAGUCUUUCCUAUGGUGGUAGCCUCUGGACUCACUACCUUACUACACAUCCUUCUCUGUUGGGCUUUUGUUCUGAAACUUGGGCUUGGUUUGAAAGGCGCUGCCAUUGCAAUUUGCAUUUCAAACUGGUUUAAUACUAUAAUACUUGCACUUUAUAUUUGGCUCUCUCCUUCAUGCAAAAACACUUGGACCGGUUUCUCUACGGAGUCACUGCAUAACAUCCCACAAUUUCUUAGACUUGCUUUUCCUUCAACACUCAUGGUGUGCUUAGAAUCAUGGACGUUUGAAAUAAUGGUGCUUCUGUCUGGUGCUUUUCCUAAUGCAAAAUUGGAAACUUCAGUACUUUCUAUAUGCCUCAACACAUCUGGUAUACUUUGGAUGGUACCGUUUGGAGUUAGUGCUGCUGGAAGUACAAGAAUCUCAAAUGAAUUAGGGGCUGGUAAACCAACAACUGCAUAUUUAGCAGUUAAAGUCAGCAUGUUCUUGGCCUUCACAGUGGGGAUUUUAGAAUUUGCAGUCCUUAUGUCAGCAUGGAAAGUUUGGGGGCAUGCUUUUACCAAUGUACAUGAAGUGGUCCUAUAUGUGACUUCCAUGGUGCCAAUUCUUGCAAGCUUUGCCUUCAUAGAUUCAAUUCAAACAGUAUUUCAAGGUAUUGCCAGAGGAUGCGGUUGGCAGAAACUUGGUGCAAUUGUCAAUCUAGGAUCUUUUUAUUUUAUAGGCGUUCCUUUUUCUGUUGUGACAGGUUUUGUCCUCCACAUGAAAGGACGGGGGCUAUUUUUAGGGAUAGUACUGGCAAUUAUCGUUCAAAUGUUGUGUUUUCUUGUGAUCACCCUACGUGCCAAUUGGGAGGAAGAAGCAAAUAAGGCAACAAAAAGGGUAGGAGGCAGUGGAGUCCAACUUCAAGAACUUUCGGUUGACCAAAAUGUUAAUUCUGCUCGCUCGAUAGAUAGUUGAAGAACCAUUUCUAGAUUUUUGUAGAACUAGAGUGACUUACCUUGAAAUAAAUGCAUACCAAUGUACUUAUAGCACAUCCAUGAGUAAUUAUUCCUUAGCGUACACUCCUUUAGUUACUUUUUAAAUUUAAAUGUCUGUUUUUUAGUAAAAUUAUUUAUUUAUUUAUUAUUUACAAAACUCAUGACAAUAUUAAUUAGAAUAAAGUAUAAGUACAACAAAAAUUGU